CUAUAUUAUGCCACGCGUGAAAUCCAAUCCAAGAAUAAGAUAAUCCAUCCAUCUAUAUCUAUCUUAACAAUAUAUAGCGCAAUACUUUGUAACUAACAGCAAUCACACCGAUCAAAACCAACAAACAAAAAAUUUCUGAAAAACCCUAAAAGCUGAAAAUGGCAAGCUCAACUUCAGUGAGUCUGGAAGAUGUUGAGUCAGUAGAUCUAAUGACGGAGCUCCUCCGUCGUAUGAAAUGCUCCACCAAACCUGACAAACGCCUCAUUCUCGUCGGACCACCUGGAUCUGGAAAAGGCACCCAGUCACCGAUUAUUAAAGAUGAGUACUGUUUGUGCCACUUGGCAACUGGUGAUAUGCUAAGAGCUGCUGUCUCUGCUAAAACCCCUCUUGGAAUCAAAGCGAAAGAAGCUAUGGACAAUGGACAACUUGUUUCUGAUGAUCUAGUUGUGGGAAUCAUUGAUGAAGCACUGAAGAAGCCUUCAUGUCAAAAGGGCUUCAUUCUUGAUGGAUUCCCAAGGACAGUAGUCCAAGCAGAAAAGCUUGAUGAGAUGCUUGAAAAGAGAGGGGUCAAAGUUGACAAGGUGCUUAACUUUGCAAUUGAUGAUGCAAUCUUAGAGGAAAGGAUCACUGGUCGUUGGAUCCAUCCUUCUAGUGGUCGCAGUUACCACUCAAAGUUUGCACCCCCUAAAGUCCCUGGCAUAGAUGAUGUGACUGGAGAACCUUUGAUUCAACGUAAAGAUGACACUGCAGCUGUUCUUAAGUCAAGACUGGAAGCAUUCCAUAGACAGACUGAGCCGGUUAUUGAUUACUACAGCAAGAAGAACAUCGUUGCAAACCUUCAUGCAGAAAAACCACCACAAGAGGUCACCACCGAGGUCCAGAAAGUGCUCUCGUGAGAUGUUUUUGAUCUUCAAAUUAUCAUUGUAGUGCUAGUGUUGGAUCAAACGUUUGCAGAUUGGAGGCUUUUCAUUUUUUCUCUUCGUUUUUCCAUAUAUUUGAACUCGUAUAUGUUGUAUCAUGAGAUGAAUGGUAUGUGGGAAUAACUUAACCAAUGAAUUUACCCCUUUUGAGCCCACAAAAUAAAACACAGAAGCCUUUUUUUA